AGAAGCUGCAGGAUCCGCCCCGGCGAAGCAGAGCCGACUCGCACCCAGGACCCUGGGCCUCUGCUUUCCCUCCUAGCCUCGGAGAAGCAACCGGCCCUCUCCUCCUGCUGAGGAGCGACGCGGGCUGGUAGGACGUCCCAGGAAGGCCGGCAGCUCGCGACCGCGUCCCGGCCCUGCCCGGGCGCGCCGAGGAGCAGAGCCAGGGGCCGGCAUUCGCUCCGGCUCCCUCCCCGGCGCUCCGGAGCCGAGGGCGGCUCCUGCGGCUGCAGUCUCGGGGGCGACGCCUUCCCGGGCCGAAGCUUCCAGCAGCGCUCCGCAACUUCUCUCUGCUCCAGUCACUGGGAGAGAGCUCGCCUACCAGGUCCUCCUGGCCCGGCCCGAACAUGCUGGACGGCCUAAAGAUGGAGGAGAACUUCCAAAGCGCGAUCGACACCUCAGCCUCCUUCUCCUCGCUGCUGGGCAGAGCGGUGAGCCCCAAGUCUGUCUGCGAGGGCUGUCAGCGGGUCAUCUUGGACAGGUUUCUGCUGCGGCUCAACGACAGCUUCUGGCAUGAGCAGUGUGUGCAGUGCGCCUCCUGCAAAGAGCCCCUGGAGACCACCUGCUUCUACCGGGACAAGAAGCUCUACUGCAAGUAUGACUACGAGAAGCUGUUUGCUGUUAAAUGUGGGGGCUGCUUCGAGGCCAUCGCUCCCAAUGAGUUUGUUAUGCGGGCCCAGAAGAGUGUAUACCACCUGAGCUGCUUCUGCUGCUGUGUCUGCGAGCGACAGCUUCAGAAGGGUGACGAGUUUGUUCUGAAGGAGGGGCAGCUGCUCUGCAAAGGGGACUAUGAGAAGGAGCGAGAGCUGCUCAGCCUGGUGAGCCCAGCAGCCUCAGACUCAGGUAAAAGUGAUGAUGAAGAAAGUCUUUGCAAGUCAGCCCAUGGGGCAGGGAAAGGAACUGCUGAGGAAGGCAAGGACCAUAAGCGCCCCAAACGUCCGAGAACCAUCUUGACAACUCAACAGAGGCGAGCAUUCAAGGCCUCAUUUGAAGUAUCCUCCAAGCCCUGCAGGAAGGUGAGAGAGACUCUGGCUGCAGAGACAGGACUGAGUGUUCGUGUUGUCCAGGUGUGGUUCCAGAACCAGAGAGCGAAGAUGAAGAAGCUGGCCAGGCGACAGCAGCAGCAGCAGCAAGAUCAGCAAAACACCCAGAGGCUGAGCUCUGCUCAGACAAAUGGUGGUGGGAGUGCUGGGAUGGAAGGAAUCAUGAACCCCUACACAGCUCUGCCCACCCCACAGCAGCUCCUGGCCAUCGAGCAGAGUGUCUACAGCUCAGAUCCCUUCCGACAGGGUCUCACCCCACCCCAGAUGCCUGGAGACCACAUGCACCCUUAUGGUGCUGAGCCCCUUUUCCACGAUCUGGAUAGCGAUGACACCUCCCUCAGUAACCUGGGUGACUGUUUCCUAGCAACCUCAGAAGCUGGGCCUCUGCAGUCCAGAGUGGGAAACCCCAUUGACCACCUGUACUCCAUGCAGAAUUCUUACUUCACCUCUUGAGUCUUCCCCUAGAGUCCUGUGACUAGGCUCCCAUAUGGAACAACCAUAUUCUGUGAGGGGUCACUGGCUUUGGGACAGGGAGGCCAGGGAAGAGGUGGGUUGGGGAGGGAGUUUUGUUGGGGAUGCUGUUGUAUAAUGAUAUGGUGUAGCUCAGCAUUUCCAAAGACUGAAUACAUUAUGGAUUGCAUAGUUUAAUGUUUCUAAUAAGAGUCUUAGCAUUAGAUAUGAAGAUAUGAAGACGUGUUUAUCAUUAAGGACAGGGACUUUUAAUAUAGACAUUCUCAUGCAAACUAGAUACUUAGGGACUCCUAACAACUUCCCACCGUGUCGGGGAAGCUCUUGUCAAGAGGUGCAUAUGUCUAUCCAUCUACUCACCCAUAGACAGAAGGACAGACAGAUAGAUGUGUGUGUGAGUGUGUAACCUUUCAUAUUUUACCCUCAAAGUUUAUUCCUAAUUAACAGACACCAACUGUACAGCAAAAGUAACUUUAUUUUCAGUGUGAACUAUAUUUAAGGAAAUGCUUGAUGCACUUAAGUUAUAAAAUGAGAUAAUUUACUUUUAUAAACUUUAUUUUUAGUUUGACGAGACUUGUCAGCAGGGCAGAGAGGGCUGCUCCACCUAGCCCCAUAGCUUUGAGUGCUUGGGUUCAUUCUGUUUGCAGAGUGUCUUUCAGGUCUGGAAAGCAAUUCCGUGUGGCUGACGGUGUUCUCUCUUGCAUUCUUGCUCUCUUUGGGGUUGAAUCACUGGGCAGGGGUGGGACAGCAUAAUCCCUGAUCAUGUUCUGAGAAAAUGUAAAGCCCAGACUCCUGGGCUUUCUUUUAAAUUCUGACACGUGGUUGUUGGGCAGUGCUCGGAAGGUUGGCUCAGCUCUUGAGCUUCAGCAUCUGCAAGUGUGGAUGAGGCUAAUAGUAGGUACCUACCUCACUGGGAAACACCAAGGCUUAAUUCAUUCCCAGGACACAUGAGCAGGGCUGAGACUAAUAUCUGAUAUUUGUUUAAGAUACAACCAGGGCACUCACUUGGCAAAGGAGGGUACAUAGGGUUGCAGAGCAGGAGGGCUCCCGAACUCCCGAGGGCAGUUUUGCCUGCUGAAGUCCCUCUGCAAAGCCUGUGCUGGAGGAGACACCAGCUCAGAGCAGCUCAGAGGGAUCCCAGAGUCCCGGAGUGGGGAGGAGGUGAAGGCUGAGGGGAUAGAAGAGGGCCUGGGGGUGUUCUAGAGCAGGGGUGGGCAAACUGCUGCCUGCAGGCCUGCUUUCUAUGGCUUGCCAGCCAAGAAUGGUUUUUACUUUUUUUUUUUUUUGAGGUCAUUAAAAAAAAAGGAGAAGAAGAAUAUAUAACAGGCUGUCUGUGGCCUGGAAAGCCUGAAAUAUUUGCUAUCUGUAUUGUCUGGCCCUUACAGAAAAAGUUUGGGGCCCUUUGUUUUAGAGGGUCUGUUUCUAAAGAACCUCAUGGAGCUCAUAGAGGCAGAAGGGUCCAGUGGAAACCCUUGGCUCUUCCUUCCAACUCACCCUUCUGAUCCUCAGCACAGAAGACCCAACAGCCAUUGUACAUGGAGACAGUUCCACACCCUGGUCUCCAGUUGUGGUGCUAGGAUGGGAUCGUUCUGUGCUAGGAAGCCUCCUGGGAAACCAGAAUGAGUUGGUGGGGAAGACAGAAGGUCACUGUGGACCUAUCCGGGGGGGGCCGGGACAGGCUUGGCCUCACUUCUGGGGACAUCAUUGGAGACUUGAACACAGAGACACGUCCCUAUCACUCUGGCAAGGCCAGAGGGAACAUGUCCCCUUAUGGUAGCGUCUAUGUCGUGUGAUUUUUUGUGCUCUUGUUUAUAAUUUAUGCAAACCACCAAGAAACCCAAACCAGUCUGAUGAGUGAAAAUUAUGCAGAUGCUGUAUGGCCCCACAGGUUUCUGUGGUAAAGACCAGUUGGAGAAUGUAGCAGAUACUAUGUGAGUGAAAAUGAAUAGAGAUCCUUAUUCCACUCCUUAAUGGCAUACCAAGAUGAAAUUAAAAAUCUCUUACAAAUGA